UGCAUUGUCCGCGAAUGUUUCGAUCCGACAUCCAUGUUAGUUUUGUGUUUGUUGUUGUCUUUCAAAUCAUUUUUACAUUUGUUUCAUUUCCAAACUUUCCAGAAUUGUUAUAAAUUAUAUUAGAAAACAUGAAAAACUAGAUAUGUGUCAGUCGUAUUUUUAACAAAAAAAAUAUAUAUAUAUAAAAAAAUAAAAAUAAAAAUUAUCGCGGUGAAUGACGAUUUUGAAUUGUCUUAUAGUAAAUUUUUAUAAAUCAAGAGAUUCACUAUGGGGAACAGAUAUUAAGAAGUACUCAUGGAUGGAUACAUACCUAGCAAGUGAUAAUUUAUAUUAUGCGAUGGGGGUUAGUACAUCAUCUUUCCCAUCAACCAUUUCUGUUCAGCAAUCUGAACAAGAUACAUAUAAUCAAGCUUCCCAAACUCAGAAUGCUUGUGGUAUAUUUUCUUCAACUUCAAUGGACCAAUUUAGUAAAGAGAAGAAAAGAAAAGGAACAACUUUAUCAACACUUCGCAAAAGACUCACGAGAAGAAGAAGAACAAGUAAAAGUUAUGAUCAUGGACAAAUAUUUAGAGAAUUUCUGAGCAGUUGGCCUCCACGAGAUAUAAUUGCUCUUGUAGAAGAAUAUGAAGCAACAGCAUCAUUGAAAGAACUUUCUAAUCAGGCUGAAAUUGCAAGACCAAUAACAAAUAGUUGCAAACAGGACCUUGGAGAGUUAUUCCAGUACAAAUAUUGCUCUGAUAUUAAUCUUAUUUACCAAGGAACAGUUUUUGCAGUUCAUCGUGCAAUUUUAGCUGCAAGGUGCCCAUUUUUUCGUGAGCUGCUCAAUAGUUUAUCUUCAAUAUGUACAGAAGUAGCUGUUGAUAUUGACAUUGCAGGAGUAAGUGUUGAAAUGUUCAAUGAACUUUUGAGGUAUCUUUACACAGGUGAAUUAUCUGUUGCUCCAACAUAUGAAGGAAAUUUGAGUGUUCUUUUUCAGUUAAGUGAGCAAUUUGGUAUACCUAAUCCUUUAGAAGAAGAUUUAAGGUAUCUUCUUGAAACAGGGAUUUAUAGUGAUGUUUCAAUUGCAUUUACAUCAGAAAUGGUGAGCUUUAACUGUGGUGCAACAUCAUAUUUAUGUGAUCAUUCCAGCUUAGAUAAUACUGAUAAAUCUUGUAAAAUAUGUGUUAGGGAAGCAGAAUUUUGGUGUCACAGAGCAAUUUUAUCAGCUCGAUCUUCAUUUUUUCGAAAUGUGAUUCGCCGAAGACAGAGAUCUAAAGAUAUGAAUGAUAUGCAACAAGCAAGAAUAAUUCUAGAUGAAGCAAUCAUUCCUCGUCGUUAUGCACAGAUUUUGAUCCAAGCACUUUAUCAAGAUACAUUAGAUCUUGGAUCACUUUUAAUGGCAGCUUCAAAACGAGGAAAUUUACCUGAGAUUCAUUUACAAAGGAUCUUAAUAGAAGAAGCAAUGCAAUUAUGUGAAGUAGCUCGAUUUAUAGAAAUGGAAUCUUUAGUACAGUAUUGUGAAGAUUUUAUUGCUGAAUCAAUUACACUGGAAACACUUGUGCCUGUUUUACAAUGGAGUGAACAACCACAUGGUUCUCCUUGGGUUUAUCGACAAGCUUUAAAUUUUAUUCGUGAAGAAUUCAGUUCUGUAGCUGCUUCACCAACAUUAUUUCAGUUGGAAAGAAAUCAUUUAUUAGAAGUUGUAAAAUCUGAUUUUUUACAAGCAAGUGAACUUGAAAUUCUGCAAGCUGUUUUGAAAUGGGGUGAACAGCAACUUUGUAAAAGAGUGGAGGAGAGAGAACCAAAUAUAGUCAGUCAUACAGCUCAUAGUGUAAGUAGAAGGGGUCUUCGUAAAAGAGAUCUAAGUGAUCUAGAACUGAGAGAAUUACUUUCUGAUCUUCUUUGUCAUGUACGUAUAGACCAUAUUUUACCACCAGAUAGUGAAUUGUUAAUGUCUACUAUUAAAAGAGGACUUAUUAGUACUCCACCUUCAUUUAUGUUGGGAGAUGAUUUCUGUAUUGAUCACAAUUCAUGUAUGAGAACACAUACAUGGAUCAGGAGUCGAGGUAGUCGAGGUCUUUAUGUUCGACCCAGAUUAUUUACUCCCUAUGUGGAAGAAGCAAAGGCUUGGCUAGAAGAACAGUUAGGACAAGAAGCAGAAGUUGGACGUCGCAGAGUUUGGCCCAUUUCUCACAUUCCUGAUACAUUAUAUAUGGUAGAAAAACCUCUUGCACUUCAAGAGGGGUUUGUACCUUUUGGUCAUCUCUGUUCAACUGUAGCUCGUGAACAUAUAAAAGAAAUAUUAAUAGAUGACUGUACACUGAAAAUGAUGAAGAAACGUGAAGAAGAGCUUCAACAACAUCAAAUUGCACAGAAAGCUUUUUCUUUAGUUUCAAAUCAUUGUGAUGUGAUGAAACAAAUUCAGUUGCGUGUAGUAAGAGAAUUUGGAUUUCCUGAUGUAACAUUUCAUGUGUUGCAUCAUGCUCCACCACCACAAGCUAUUGAAAUGCCAGCAAUUGCUACGGGGAUAUCUCUUCAAAAAUCUGCCUAUAGCUUUGAUCAUGGAUAUUUAUAUGGUUAUAAUAGAGGUGAAGGCAGACAAUCUGUACAUAAACAAAAAGCAGGAGAGAUUGAUGAUUGCAAUCAACAAAUAACUCAGAUUUCUUCAGCAAGUUGUUGUAUAGAUCAUCAGUUAAAUGAAGUCAUUCCAGAUAUUGCAAUGGCAACUACAUUAAUGGAACAACUGCAAACUUCUGAGCCUGAGACUACCAAAGAUAAUGGAAGUUACUCUUUACCUGUUUUCUGAUAAAAUCAGUGGUAUAAGUAAAUGUGAAUGCUAAUUGACAUCUGUGAUGUGUUUCUGACGUUGGAAAAUAUUGUCAUUUAUCAGUGAUGAAACUGUAUGUGAGAUAAAUUAUUUGAACAGAAUUUUUGGAAUUUCAUGAGGUUAAGCAUUUAUAUUGUGAUUUUUGUAUGAUGAAUUAUUUUGUAAUAGUUUGAAUUUUUUUAUUAAUUUAUUAUUUGGGUGAAUUUAUUGUUUAAAUAUGUACAGUUUAUAUGUUAUAAGAGAUAAAGCAAACCACAUUCUUUCAUUUAUUUUGUUUAAAUCUUAAAUAUCUUUUUAUUAUUUCAGUUACCAAAGUUAUAUAUUUGGUAAAGGUAUAAUAUGUCUGACAGAUUCUUCAGUUUCAUUUCCGUAAAGGAUACAGUGAUAUUAAAAAAGAUAUCUGAGAGAAAGCGAAAUACAGAGUACUUAAGUUUUUUGCAGAAAAUUGAUAAAUUUAGAUUUAAUACAUAAUGCCAAUUGACUUUCAUACAGAAAUCAUUGCUGAGAUAAAAUACACACAUACACAUACAAACACACCCAUACAUACACACAUAUACACCCAUACACACACAAACACAUACAUAUAAAUAUAUAUAAAAAUAUAUAUAUAGCAGGUCUAUUCUGAUAUACAUUACAUUGAAGAGGCAAAGUAGCUUUCUAAAGAAGAAAAAAAUAUAUAGUUUUUUUUCUACCAUUUUUGUAAAAGAAUAUUGAUUAUCCCAGGUCCAAAUAAUAUCAAACCAUGGUAUUUUCGUAGCAAUUGCAUUUAUAAGUUUCCAGCAUGUAACUGUUUAAUUUUUUAUAAUUGUUAGUCCUGUAUUUUUGAUGGUGGACCAUAUUUUUGUUACAAAAUGUGUUACAUGACUACAUACAUAAUUCAUACAACAGAAUCCAUUUCCUUCUGUUGUGCUGGAUUCAGCUUGUUACAUGACCAAUCUUUCAAAUAGCUUGCUACUUGUAUAUUUCAUGUCAUAAUAUUACAGAUUUGUUUUUAAGUAAUUUCAUUAGGAUCUGAUGGUCAAGUGUGAUUGUAAAUGUAAAUAAAUAAUUGUUGUUAAUGCUAAAAAAA